UUUAGGGAAACAUCCCCUCUCACUCCCUUCUCUGCUUGUGAGAAGCUGCACUGGACAGAACCACCAUCAUGCCGGGCCUGAUCAACAAGAGCAAAUGGAGUGCUCUGCCUCUCAGCAUCUCAGACAUCACUUCCUGUGUCAGGGGUUACACCCUGGCAAUGACAGCCUCCUUGACCUAUGAAAACAUCGAAGAUCACCCUAUUGAGGGAAUCUUUAUAUACCCUCUGGAUGAGGGCAGCGUGGUGGUUGGGUUCGAAGCGAUGAUUGGCAGUCAGAUAAUAACCGUGCAGGUCAAAGAUAAAACGAAAAUCGAUGACUGUUUCUUUGAUUGCUGCAAUGCCAAUGGAACCCCGCAGAACGGAGGUGGACAUAUCGUUUUGGAUGAGGAUCAGGAGAGGACAGUGCUGGUGGUCAGUCUGGGGGUCAUUCCCCCUCUGGAGACCAUUAAUAUACUGGUCAGCACCUCCUCUGAGCUCCGCACACUCCCUAAAGGGGGAAUUCGGGUGACCUCACCACCCGUCUGCUCUCCAAGAGUCCAGCGUUCUGUCAAAGAGAAGCAGGCAUUUUCGCCCAGCACUGCUAGGAGGAGGGAUCAGCAUCAUUGUUCAGUGGGAGCCCAUGAGCAGACGGCCUCAGGUGUGUGUUUGGCUGCUAUGUUGGAGGAAGAGACCAUCAACUCCAUUGACUAUGAGUUUAAUUUCCAUCUUGAGAUCAGAGGACCGUAUUUACUGGCAGGUGUGGAAAGCCCCUCACAUGCCAUCCGUGCAGACGCUGACCCCUCGGCUCACUCUGCCACCAGCAUUGUGGUCACGCUGGCAGACAAGUACACCUACGACUGCCCUGUGGAGAUACUGAUCUACCCUAGUGAGCCCCAUCUGCCACACGUUCUCAUCGAAGACGGAGACAUGACGCCGGAGGAAUACGAUGAGCAUCUGAAAGGCCGUAGCGACUAUAUAAAGGCCACGAAGAAGGACUGCAGUAAUGAAAAGACAGUGGACAUCAUUCGGAAGAGGCUCCAUAAAGACAUCCUCCACAACCCCGUGGUCAUGCUGAACUUCUGCCCAAACCUCAGUUCAACGACCUCUGACCUGCGGAGCAUCCAGGGGGAAUUCAUCUUCCUCAUUGACCGCAGUGGAAGCAUGAGUGGGGUCAACAUCAAUCGAGUUAAGGACGCAAUGGUCGUGAUUCUGAAAAGUCUUUUCCCAGCAUGCUUAUUCAACAUAGUGGGCUUCGGAUCUAAGUUCAAAACGCUAUUUGUCACCAGCCAGAGCUACAACGAGGAGAGCUUGGCGUUGGCUUGUGAGCAUGUGAAGAAGAUCCGCGCUGACAUGGGUGGCACAAACAUACUGGCUCCUCUCAACUGGAUCCUACGUCAGCCCAUGCAGAGAGGUCAUCCUCGCCUGCUCUUCCUCCUGACCGACGGAGCCGUCAGUAACACGGGGAAAGUUAUUGAGUUGCUCCGCAGCCACGCUAGGUUCACCAGGUUCAAGGAUACAGAGCUGCAGAAUGCAGAUGUUGCUGCCUACACUGAAGGUGUCAAUCGUCUCAUCGUCAAUUACUACUGUUUGUCUUCAGAUACUGUGUGUUACACAUUCGGUAUAGGCCAGGGUGCGUGCAGGAGGCUGGUUUUAGGACUGGCUGCCGUUUCCAGAGGCACAGCUGAGUUCCUGUCAGAAGGAGAACGACUGCAACCCAAGGUCCUCAUUUCCUCUGACAUGUUUAUCUUCCAGUGCAACAGCCUGCUAUUUCGAAUGUCACCGCAAAGCAAUUACAGCAGCCACAUGAUUAAGUCGCUGAAGAAGUCCAUGACCUCAGUGCUGACUGACAUCUCCAUUGAGUGGCUGUAUCCAGAGACAAAGGAGAUCCUGCUCUCUCCAGUCGGGGUGAGCUGUCUGUUCCCUGGUGACCGGCUGAUUGGAUACAGCGUGGUCUGUGAUACCUCCCGAUAUCACUCCAACCCCAAAUCAGACAAACGGAAACGAUACAGCAUGAUGCGUUCCAAUGAGUCGGCCAGUUCAGUGUUCUAUCACUCUCAAGAGGAGGAUGCUGGGAAGGUUUCCUCUGACGGUCAGGGGCCGCACAGGGACAAUCAAGUCGGCUCGCUGUUUGACGGUUGCCAGGAGACCAUGUCUGAGAGCAGUCCUAUCUCCACAGAGCAAGACAUUAUGGGAACUGACACAGCCACCUCUCCGAGAAGACGUGCUUACAGCACCAAUCAGAUUGUAGAUUACAACCCCAUGAAGAAGGCCUACACCCCCAGUGACCCCAGCUCAGUGGUGGGCAAAAACCCUCUUAGAAGAGCAAAAGUCCAGGAGCUCAUUGGACAGACACAUCCUGACCACGGAGCUCACUGGAAAAUGGACUACCAGCCACAGUUGGCCAGCCUGUGUGCCACGUCCUCAAGAGGACGUCCCAUAACUGCUCACAAACCUCCAGUGCAACAACCAGAGGGUCUCCAGGGGGAGUCUAAGAUUGAUCAGACCCAUCCCGGCCCAGUAGUGGAAGACGGUUCCAGGUCUUCAACUGACAGCCCUUCUCUAGGCAGCACCGGCGAUGCAGAUGGCUACACGCAUCAGCUUUGCGAAGUCGAAACGCCCCAGGAUCCUCACGCGCCAGAAUUCAAGGCCAGUCACGGAAAGGGAGACUGCAAAGCGGUCAUAUCAGGACUGCUGUGCGGGAAACCCAUGAGAUGGGAGGUGGCCUUUGACAUCCAGCCUUACCUGAAAGGCCGAGAGCGGGAGGAGAAAGUUCACGAGGACCUGUGGAACGAAACCUUCCAUCACCUGGCGGGAAGCUCCAUUAUUCAAGACUUUGAACACAUGGCGGACAAAGAGUGUGAGAUUGAGCAUGGUUCUGGGAGAAGGUACCAGCUUUACGCCAUCCACACGAGCAAAGCCUGCAACAUCUUGAGCAAAUACACAGCAUUUGUACCUAUAGAUCUGGACAGCAAUGAAUAUUUACCCACCUUCAUUGAGUACAGCCAUCCUGGGGAGGAUCAUAAACGAAGUUCGCACUGCAGUUCUCGUUCCGGCAGCAGGAAGAACCGAGGUUACUCUGUAGGUCUGGGGCGUUCGCAAUCAGGAGGUUUGCCUGGGCAAGAAGAUGCAGCACUAUGCUACAACGUAGACAAUGCAUCUCAAUCCUCCUGCAAAUCACCCUCAUCCUCCAGCUGGGAACGAUGUAGCUCUUCUGAAGCCCCUCAAAGGAAUGCGUCGGUGACCUCCGACCCCUCGCAGAGAUCAGUCGAGAGCCUUUUCUCCGCCAGCAAGCUGAGCCUGAGCAGGACUCGUCUCCUGACGAAAGCCGCCAGGGGCUUCAUGAGCCGGUCGCAGAGCAAAAUCAGCAACUCCGUGGGAGAGAGCGAAAAUGACAACAAGGACUACAUCCCUCUGGUGUCAUUGCAGCUGUCCUGUGGGGCGUUCAUGUUGGACAGUGCCUUGUGUGACGCCAUCAACGUGCCCAUGGACAAGCUCAAAUGGACGUCGCCCUUCACCAGCCACAGAAUCAGCCUUACCCAUGUGUCCCACUCUGGCUCCCGGCGCUCUGAGAGUCUGGAGGUCCACCACGGCUCAUCGCCUCCUCCAAAAGACUCAGACUUGAACUCCGAAUGUGAGGAACUGGUGUCCCGCACAUCUUCAUCCUCAUACCAGGCCCGAAGCCCUCGGAUGGAGGGCGAUCCCUCGCUGUUGAGCGGCUUCUCGUCGAUGUCGACCGAAGCCCCGACGUCGUCUAUCAACUCUUUGCACGACAGUGGACGGGGGUCUGAGUCAGAAAUCGUCGAGACGCCCUGGCUGGGUUCACCUGGGAUCCUACAAAGGGCCGUGCCAGACCCUGAGGGGAUGGUGUGGGCGACUGCCGUUGCUCUGGCCUGGCUGGAACACAGUUCGGCCAGUUAUUUCAUCGAGUGGGAGCUGAUCGCAGCCAAGGCCAGCAUGUGGCUAGAUGAACAGAUCAUCCCAGAGGGCCGAGACCUGGCGGCGGUCAAAGCCGCGGCCAAUCAACUCUUCAUCAUCCUCAGACACUGGGACGAGAACCUGCAGCUCAACAUGCUCUGUUACAACCCCAACAGCAUGUGAGUCCUGAUAGUAGGUAGGGACUAAACUUCAAACUAUGCGAAACAAGGGUUUUACUCUCCUUGAGUUGUUUUAAUG